AUGGGCGCGCUCGCGUGCGCGACCGCGCGCGCGGUGGCGACGGUGGGUGACGGAUGCGCGCGCGCGGCGGGUCCACGCGCGCGGCGCGAGCGGAGUUCGACGACGACGCGCGCGAGAGAGAAUCGCCCGACGCUCGACGCGACGACCGGGACGACGGUGACGGCGACGAUGGGAGCGCGUCGACGCGUGCGUCGAUCGGCCAUCGUCGAUCGAGAGGAGAGCGAGCGCGAGGGCGCGCGCGCGCGGUCGAGGGCGGCGAGAGCGGCGGACGGGACGGAGGAUUACGCGCGGUGGAAGUGGCGGCGCGUGAUGUUAAAGGUGAGCGGAGAAGCGCUGGCGGGUAAGGAAGGGUUCGGGAUCGACCCGGAGGUGGUGCGGUCGAUCGCGAGUGAGGUCGCGGAGGCGGCGAUGGGCGGAAUCGAGGUCGCGCUGGUCGUCGGUGGUGGGAACUUUUUCCGAGGCGCGGAGAAGGAGGGCAACGGGUUGGACCGGGCGAGCGCCGAUUACAUGGGCAUGCUGGCGACGGUGAUGAACUCGUUGAAUUUACAGGCGGCGAUCGAGGGUAAAGGUGUUCCCACGCGAGUGAUGAGCGCGCUUGAGAUCAAGGAGGUGGCGGAGCCGUACAUUCGAAGACGAGCGAUUCGACACUUGGAAAAAGGACGCGUCGUCAUCUUCGGCGCGGGAACGGGGAAUCCGUUCUUUACCACGGACACCGGCGCGGCGCUAAGAGCGGCUGAGAUCAACGCGCAGUGCGUGCUGAAGGCGACCAAGGUGGACGGCGUCUUCGACAGCGAUCCGAAAAAGAACAAGAACGCCAAGCUGUACAAGGAAUUGACGUACGAAACCGUCCGCCGGCUUGGUCUCGCCGUGAUGGAUCAGACCGCGAUCACGCUCUGCGAAGAGAACGAUAUCCCGGUGGUCGUAUUUAACAUCUCGAAGGAGCGAAACAUCGUCAAGGCCCUGCGAGGAUGCAGCGUGGGCACGUGCGUCGGUUCGCCCGAGAACUGCGCCGACACGUGCUCGUGA